CGGACCGGGUAUCAGUCCCCACGGCAUGAAGCCAAACGGACGCAAAAUGCUGAAUAGAGCGACUGUUUCAUAAAGCGGAGUUUCGUAACUACUCGGAUUCCCGGUGUAGACGCGCAUGCAUGGAGUUAACGGAAGUUUAGUUUCUGUUCCUCACGAAAACAAGCCUAGGGUACAUCAAAUAGGCUAUAGUCUCACUCCACCACACCAGUAGCCAACUACUCAUCUGACGGCAUGGCUGGGUUUCGGAGCAUGUUCUCGGGGCUGGUACUCCUGUUCUCUACCAUAGCGGAGGCUGAGUGCAGAGAGAGAGUUUACUAUAUCGGGAUCGUAGAGAGAAACUGGGAUUACGCACCAAGUGGCAAAAAUCUUAUCAAUGGAAAAAGCAUCGCGGAUGAUGAACAUGCAUCUGUGUUCCUGGAGAAAGGGCCCCAUCGUAUUGGCCGUGUGUAUAAAAAGGCUUUGUACCGGCAGUACACAAAUGCGUCGUACAGCCAAGAGACCCCCAGACCGGCUUGGCUGGGUUUCCUAGGACCCAUUCUAAGGGCAGAGGUUGGUGACGUCAUAGUGGUGCACCUGAAGAAUUUUGCAUCCAGGAACUACUCCAUACACCCCCACGGAGUCUUCUACGAGAAGGACUCAGAGGGGGCGCUGUACCCGGACGGGACUUCCAGCAAGCUAAAGCAUGAUGACCACGUGCCUCCAGGCAGCAAAUACACCUACCGCUGGGAGGUGAGGCCAGAAUACGCCCCUACGGAGGGGGAUGCCAACUGCCUAACCUGGGUCUACCACUCCCACUUGGAGGCUCCCAGGGAGGUCUCCUCUGGACUUAUAGGCGGACUGUUCACCUGCAAGAAAGGAAUCCUGAGGGACAGUCCUGUAUCUGGAGCUGCCCAGCCCAGGCCAGAACCAGAGCGCAUAGAUGUGGACCAGUUCCUGUUCCUGAUGUUCACAGUGACGGAUGAGUCCAUGAGCUGGUACCAGGAGGAGAACAUCCGCACCUUCUGCUCUGAUCCAGAUGGAGUCGACCGGGAAGACCCAGACUUCAAGGAGUCCAACUUGAUGCAUGCUAUCAACGGGUACAUGUACGGUAACCUGCCCGGCAUUGAGCUGUGCCAGUUCCGUCGUGCGGCCGUGCACCUGUUUGGCAUGGGGAACGAGGUGGACAUUCACACCGCCUACUUCCAGGGCAGCACGCUUUUGGACCGCGGUCACCGCGGCGACACCGUCAGCCUGUUCCCAGCCACCUUUGUCACCACUGAGAUGCUUCCCAUGACAACCGGAAAGUGGUUGCUGAGCUGCCAAGUCAACGACCACCUGCAGGCUGGGAUGCAGGCCUUCUAUCAGGUAUCGUCCUGUGGAAUGGGAGACAGGCCCCCAGGGGCUCCUCCCGGUGGCCAAGUGCGGAAAUACUACCUGGCAGCCGAGCAGGUCAGGUGGGACUACGCUCCUUCAGGAAUGGACAAGAUAAACAACAUAUCACUCACAGAGGGUGAAAGUCCGUCUGAGGUGUUUUUCGGCAGGACAGAAGGCAGGCUUGGGGGCAGGUACCAGAAGGUGGUGUACCGGGCCUACACAGACGACACAUUCUCCAUCAGGAAGCCGGUCACGCCGGAGUCCCUUCAUCUCGGCCUGCUGGGCCCUGUGUUGAGGGCUGAGGUCGGGGACACCCUCCGGGUGACGUUCAUGAACAAGGCAGACAGGAACUACAGUAUCCAGCCUCACGGCCUGCAGUUUGAGAAACGCUUCCAGGGCACCAGCUACCAGGAUGGAGCUGAUAAGCCCGGCUCCCAAGUUCUCCCAGGCCAGACCUUCACCUAUAGCUGGCAGGUGUUGGAGGGUCCAUCGCCCUCCGACCCCCCCUGCAUCCCCUACCUGUACUACUCUGCCUGUGACCCCAUCCAGGACACCAACUCUGGCCUGGUAGGACCCCUGUUGGUGUGCAAGAAAGGAACUCUGGGAAGUUCAGGCAUACAGAGAGGAGUAGAUAAGGAGAUGUUCCUGCUGUUUUCCAUUAUGGACGAGAACCUGAGCUGGUAUCUCCAAGCGAACAUUGAUACUUACGGAACUAACGAGUCCAACCCAGAGGACAAAAACUUUCUGGAAAGCAACAAGAUGCAUGCAGUGAAUGGGUUUGUGUACGGGAACCUUCCUGGGCUGCAGCUGUGCUCCGGGGACAGAGUUGUGUGGUACACCUUUGGUCUGGGAACCGAGACAGACAUCCAUGGGAUUUACUUCCAGGGAAACACCUUCCAAAAGCAGGGCACAACCCGGGACACACUCAAACUGUUCCCUCACACUACGGCUACUGUGACUAUGAAUGCAAGGAGAGCUGGUGUGUAUGAGGUGAACUGCAGGGUGACGGACCAUUACAUGGCUGGGAUGAGACAGCAGUACUCUGUGGCGGAGUGCCCUGGGAGGAACCACACACACACGCUGGCACACACGCGUCCCUCGGCCGUGGUCCAGUUCUUCAUCAGCGCCGAGGAGGUGGAGUGGGACUACUCACCUUCCCGCUCCUGGGAGCUGGAGAAACACCAAGCCACCCUGGACAACAGUCCAGGAAACAUCUUCGUGGGCAAAGGUGAGCGGCAGAUAGGGUCUCGCUAUAAGAAAGCUGUUUACAGAGAGUACACUGAUGCCACCUUCAGGACACAGAGGAAACGACAGGCAGACCAGAAACACUUGGGAAUCAUGGGCCCCAUUAUCAGGGCAGAAGUUGGGGAGCAGAUUCUAAUCACCUUCAGGAACCAUGCCAGUCGGCCCUACUCUAUCUAUGCCCAUGGCAUUGAGACCAGCGACACACGCAUUCCUGUCGAACCAGGCUUCAUGACAGAGUUCCGGUGGGAUGUCCCUGAGGGGUCCGGCCCAGGGCUCUCUGACCCUAACUGCAUCUCUUACAUCUACUACUCCCCUGUGGAUUUCAUCAAGGACCUGUUCAGUGGUCUGCUGGGGCCCUUGGUGGUGUGCAGAAAGGGGACUCUGAGUGGUCUGGGGGCUGGGGGACGGGGGGGGGACAGGCGGAGGACAGAUGCCCAGCGGGAGUUCGCUCUGCUCUUCCUGGUGUUCGACGAGAACCAGUCCUGGUACCUGGAGGACAACAUCAGGACCUACCUCGACACCAACCCCUACAACUUCACCUCGGACGACAGCUUUACGGAGAGCAAUAUGAUGCAUGGUAUAAACGGUCAACUGUACGGUAACCUGAAAGGCUUGGUCAUGACCCGUGGGGAGUUGGUAGACUGGUACCUUGUGGGCAUGGGGAAUGAGAAGGACAUUCAUACGGUUCACUUCCACGCCGAGACCUUCACAUACAAGACGGACCACAUCCACCGUGCAGAUGUGUUUGACCUGUUCCCAGGAACGUUCCAGACCAUCGAGAUGGUAGCCGGUAACCCUGGAACGUGGCUGCUUCACUGUCACGUUUCAGAUCAUAUCCACGCUGGCAUGGAGACCACCUUUACUAUCAGAGCAAACUCCUCUCAAGGGUGCUUUAGUUCCAUAGCUACGUUGCUUUUGUGCCUAGCACUGGGACUGGUUGGGACUGUGUUGUACUAGCCACUUGGGACUUUAGUGUUUGUCUGUGUGUUGAAAUUAGCACUGUACAAGGUGAGAAAUAUUCAAAUCUGGUCAAAAUGUCUCCCCCCCCCCAAUAUUUAUAUAAAAAUAUAAAUGUGCUACGCUACGACAGGCAACCACGCACGCUGUCCGAAAUUAUCAUUAAAAAAAUGUUUUGUCCCCCCCAAUGUUGACUCCAUGGCUACGCCUUGGCCUAUAGCAUCUCUAAACCCAUUUUCAAAAAGUCUCAUUGCCUGAAAUAAAAGUUGUUAUUAUUAUAAAUAUUUCUACAAUAGUAGUAGUAGUAAUAGUUAAGUAAUUAAAAAUAUCCUAUUUUAAGUGAAACCAAUUACCUUUAAUCACACGCCUGUGUUACAUAGAUUUCAGGAUAAAUUCUGCAGUUUCUGAGCAGGGUAUCAGCAGAUGGGUAUAAAAAACAAAGCAUGGUCAAGACAACCUUGAGACAAUGAGAUUGAUUUGAUCAAAGACAAGGCCACUGGAAACUAUGUAACAACAAAAAAGCUACAAGUUUCUAUGGGCAGAACGGUGAACGUGUGCACAGCACACAUAUAUGGCCUCUAAGGUGGAGUGAAAUGACGGAAGUCAUCACUCAAGAUUCAUCCCAUCAGACUCACAGCUGUAAUUGCUGCCAUCACGCAUUAACUCGGGUGUGUGGAGACAAAUUUUGAUAUAGGCCUACCACUUUUGUAUUUUGAAUAUGUCAUUUGUAUAAAGUGUUGAGUAUGCUGUGUGAAUACAACGAAAAAUUUUGAAAGUCAACAAAAUGCUAGAAUGUUCAAGAGGGCACGUUCUAUAGGCACUGUACAUCUUAUUCAAUUGCAUACUACUGUAUUUGUUUGUGUUGCAAGCAUAUAUAAUCAACUGUCAAACCAAUCAAUUCUUACAAUUACACAAUAUUGUAGAAUGGUGAGUGAAGUUACAUAAUUGUUGGAAUGCUGCUUCAGGGUUGGAACUAUUGUUCUUCGAAUCUUUAUUCAACUUCAUAUUAUUAUUCUAUUUCUUCCGUCGCACCUUUCAGCUCCUUCAAAUUUUCAGCUAUUAAAACCGUUCAGCUAUCAAAAAAUUCUGCAGUUUCAAGGGUUUCCAGAUGACCUUUAAGCGUUCUACCUCUUAUGCUUGAAUUAAUAUUAAUCAAUGUUCAUAAUAUUUUCAAAUCUUCCUAAACUUCUUCAACUUUCAAAUCCUUCUUCUUCCUCAAUCUUUCAGGUACAGCCAACAUUUAAAUGUUGACAAAACCCUAACCAAUUUUUUUUUAUCAGCUUUUUGACAUCUAUUCAACUUUUUCAAUAUUUUAAAAUUCAUUUCAGCUUUCAGCAUUCCAACGCAUUUUCUGCAGGAAAUGCACUUUCUAGUUAAGUCCAUAAUUCAAUCAAUUCAGUUGUGAAGAAUGUACAUGGAUGCACCUUCUGACAGUGUUUCACAUGAUUCCUAGGCUUAAGCUUUAUGCGUAUUUUAUAUUGUCAUUUCUAAAGUGCAAUAAAAGUACUUGUUCAUC